AUGAUGGCGACAACCACCGUCACCGGCCACGGACGCCGGGCGUCCAUGCGACAAACCGAUCUACAGACACCACUUAAAUCCUCCCAACCGACGAGCAGCCCAAUUGAUCAAUUCCCUCCAUAUGAAGAGACUCUCGAUUCCGCUAUCGGGAACGGUCGCCCGAACCCAAGCCCCUCCGUGAAAUACGCCGCCAACGAUACGUGGGAACCACGAAAGUCGGCAUUCUACUCGCGAGAUUACGCCAAUGGUUCCAUACGAAAUCCUAAACAGCGGCCACGGAAAAGCAUCAGCGAGGCAAUCACCACAAUCCGAACCCGUAAUGGCAGUAUGAGUGCCAAUGCUCAUGAGAUAGCUGAGGCCCUUCGCGCCCCAGUUUCAUAUCGUCUAAUUGGUCUCUGCGUUAUAUGGUACUUAACGUCCGCGCUCACGAACACAUCCUCAAAAUCCAUUUUGAAUGCUCUGCCGAUGCCCAUCACUCUGACCAUCAUCCAAUUCGCAUUUGUAUCCAUCUGGUGUUUGCUGCUAGUCUACAUAUCCACUUUCUUCCCAAGUCUUAAAAAGAGCAUCCCGGUACUGAAACAUGGGAUUCGCUAUCCUUCUCGCGAUGUCAUCUCUACUGCGUUGCCGCUAGCCGUUUUCCAACUCGCAGGCCAUAUUCUCAGCUCUAUGGCAACUUCUCAAAUACCCGUAUCGUUGGUUCAUACCAUCAAGGGUCUGUCGCCUUUAUUCACUGUCCUGGCAUACCGAGUUGUGUUUCGCAUCCGAUAUGCGCGGGCCACCUACCUGUCGCUGAUUCCCCUCACCCUUGGAGUCAUGCUUGCUUGUUCCACAGGAGUAUCAAGCAACUUCUUCGGCAUUGUCUGCGCAUUCUUCGCUGCCAUCGUUUUCGUAUCGCAGAAUAUAUUCUCCAAAAAACUUUUCAAUGAAGCUGAUCGUGCGGAGACCGAUGCUGUACCAAACCCAGCAAGACGGAAGCUGGACAAGCUCAACCUUCUCUGCUAUUGCUCCGGCUUGGCUUUCUUCCUCACCCUACCUAUCUGGUUUGUGAGUGAGGGAUACCCCUUAGUCUCCGACUUCAUUCAUGACGGCGUGAUUUCUCUGUCGGGUAAGCAAGGCUCGUUGGAUCAUGGAGCUUUGGCCAUUGAGUUUGUCUUCAACGGCGUCUCUCACUUUGCACAGAACAUUUUGGCCUUUGUGCUUCUAUCUAUGGUCUCCCCUGUCUCUUACUCUGUUGCCUCCUUGGUAAAACGAGUCUUCGUUAUCGUUGCUGCAAUUUUGUGGUUUGGAAGUUCAACCACGCCCAUCCAGGCCGUUGGAAUUGGUCUCACAUUUCUGGGUCUCUACCUGUACGAUCGCAACAGUCACGACGAUGUGGCCGAUAAACGUGCUAAUGCGGACCACUUCCGCGCCCGUGAAUCGAUUCUUCCCACGAAUGCUCGCCAAUCAAACAAGCCCUGGGACUCGAACGGCUAUUCUUUCCCCGGUCCACGUUCAUUUGAGUCUUUCUCGUCAAAUGCCCAUGUCACACAGAGCUCCAAGAAGGAAGAUGAUGGACCAGGGCGAGUACGGCCUCGAGGGGCCAGUACUUCUCGAACUUGGCUUCCUGGGACCAAGCAAGAAUCAACUUGGCAACCGACUGAUUCAGCCCCUGCUUCUGCCAUAUAG